GAGCUACUAUAACACAAUCUCCUUACUUUACGAAAAAAAUGGCGGCGGUCAAUGUGAAGUUGUCAUGUGGUCUGCUCCAGAAAUUUGCUUCUUCGAGGUGUAUAACGCACCGUUUGAAAUAUCCCUCUUUUAGAGCGAUUAGCUGUGGGGUAGUUGGGGUUUGGACGCGCAAGAUGGACAGGACACAGAAGGAGAGCGUCUGUGGACAUGCUGCUGCUAGAUUUCUCCUUCCCACAACUCCCACACUCAGGUGGCUGUCCAGUGCUGGAAGAGGGCUCAGCCAACAAGAAAUCAAGAAGAAAAUUGACGAAAUAACUGACUUAUUUAUGGAAGCUAGGGAGCUUUUGUCAGACGCUACUGCAGCUAAGGGGACAAUAUACUUCCACGAGGAUCUGGAAGAUGCAACGACUGCAGUCAAAGAGACAUUGGCAUUAUAUAAUCAACUCCUGGAACAGUUGACAGAGGAGCAGAGGAAUGAUGUUAUCAGGGCUAUUGGGCUAAAGAUGGAGGAACUCAAGGCUCAAGAGUCUAUGCUUCAAGAAAUGAAGAAAUAAAGGCCUUGUAUGAGGCAAACGCUUGUCCAUCUCAAGACAGUGGUGACAGCACAAAACAGAUAUUACAAACUAGAAAAGUUUCAAACAAGAAUAGAAAAGCACCUGAUAGUAAAGCUUAUCUAUUUAUUCUCAAUAACUUGUCAGGUCAGCUUUGACAAGUUAAUGGAAGCUACUUACUAAUGUAUAUUACCCCUUCUCAAAUUGAGAAAGGAAGGUUAAUUUUAUUGCCAGAACGUUGAUAAUUGAAUUCAUAGAUGUCCUAUUUGUCAGAAAACAAUACAAAUGUAGUGUCAUUUGACAACAAUAGUAUUAGAGGGUUUGAUGAGAACAAAGGAGAAAAAGUAGAGUUGAACCUGAUACACAAGGAAAUUGCAUGGAGAUUAGUACUCAAGCGACUGGAUAGA